CCGUUCUCCGGGACGAAAGUCGUGGCCGAAAUGCAGUCUAGAUAGGAAGGGCGCUUGGAUUUGAGACACGGCCUCAUUUACGCUCACCAGAUCGGUCCACUCGCUAAUGCCGGAGGAGCUACAGCUCUUAAAAAUCAUUUCUACAGCUUCACGUCCGUCUGACAGGAGCGGAUCGGAAUCGUACGCGGAGUUUGUUUGGGAUUCCGGAGUGAUCAGAGCUGAAGUUCGAGCUUCUCGUGUCUUUUACGGGAGCUAAUGCUAGCCUGUUAGCUCUUAAUCUGCGUUUAUUAACCUGAUCGAGCCGAGAUGAAGAUUACUGUGGAUUUCGAGGAAUGUCUCAAGGAUUCUCCCAGAUUCAGGGCGACCGUCGAAGAGGCGGAGGGCGACGUCUGUGAGCUCGAGUCCAAACUAGACAAGCUGGUGAAGCUCUGCAUUGGGAUGAUAGAUGCUGGAAAGGCGUACAACACGGCCAACAGGCAGUUCGUGAACGGGAUUCGGGAACUGGCGCAGCAGUCUGCCAAAGACGAUGUCAUCGAGUCCAGUCUGAACAAGUUUGCAGAGAAUCUUCAAGAGAUGAUCAACUAUCACACAAUUUUAUUCGACCAAGCACAACGAUCAAUCAAAUCCCAACUGCAGACAUUCAUUCGAGAGGACCUUCGGAAAUUCAAAGAAGCUAAGAAGCAAUUCGACAAAGUGAGCGAGGAGAAAGAAGCAGCGCUGUCCAAAAAUGCCCAGGCUCCUCGGAACAAGCAGCACGAGGUGGAGGAGGCCACCAACAUCCUCAACGCCACGCGCAAGUGCUUCCGCCACAUCGUCCUGGACUACGUCCUUCAGAUUAAUGUGCUGCAGUCCAAGAGACGAUCAGAAAUCCUCAAAUCGAUGCUGUCUUUCAUGUACGCCCACCUGACCUUCUUCCAUCAAGGUUAUGAUCUGUUCAGUGAACUACAACCCCUCAUGAAACAGCUGACCGGACAGCUGGAUCAGCUGGUGAUCGACUCCGCAAAAGAGAGGAAAGAUAUGGAGAUGAAACACUCGACUAUUCAGCAGAAGCAGCUGUUAACCUGCUCUCUCUUCUUUUCUGACUGUUCAUAUGAGGCCGUGCUGCAGGACUUCUCAAAUGACGACACCAAGCUGGAGUACAAUGUGGACUCGGAGAACGGGAUCGUCAUGGAGGGAUACCUCUUCAAGAGGGCCAGCAAUGCCUUUAAAACCUGGAACAGGCGGUGGUUCUCGAUUCAGAACAAUCAGCUAGUUUACCAAAAGAAAUUUAAGGAUAACCCUACGGUUGUGGUGGAGGACUUGAGGUUAUGCACCGUCAAACACUGCGAGGACAUCGAGCGCCGAUUCUGCUUCGAAGUGGUUUCUCCAACGAAGAGCUGUAUGAUGCAAGCGGACUCCGAAAAGCUCCGGCAGGCCUGGAUCAAAGCCGUCCAAAACAGCAUCGCCACAGCCUUCAGAGACAAGGCAGAGGACGCCGAGAAGAUGGACAGGAAGUCGUCCACGUCGACGGGCAGCCUGGACUCGGCCGGCGAGGUGAAGGAGAAGAGUCUGAAGGGUGAGAGCGCGCUGCAGAGGGUCAUGGCCAUCGGCGGAAACGGCGUCUGCUGCGACUGCGGUCAGCCGGAGCCGCGCUGGGCCAGCAUCAACCUGGGCAUCACGCUCUGCAUCCAGUGCUCGGGCAUUCACAGGAGUCUUGGCGUGCAUUUCUCGAAGGUCAGGUCUCUGACGCUGGACACGUGGGAGCCUGAGCUGCUCAAGCUGAUGUGUGAGCUGGGAAAUGGUGUCAUAAAUCAGAUCUACGAGGCUCGACGGGAAGAGUUAGGAGCCAGGAAACCACAACCAGGAGAUCCCAGGCACGAGGUGGAGGCCUACAUCAAAGCCAAGUACGUGGAGCGCAGGUUUGUAGAAAGACGCUCUGAAGAGCAGAUCAGACAGAAGGUCUUCUCCCUGAGUCUCAGCGGCGGCGGCUGCUCGGACCCCCGAGCCGCGAGAGGACCCCCGCUGCCUGCAGCGUCUACGUCUUCCUCGGCCAACCACGAGCCUCUCUUCUGUGUAGAUGAGCUUGAUUCCCUCUUCUCCUACUUUAACUCCUCCGCCAAGCCCUGCUGUCUGAAAAGCCCGGACGGUGAUGUGCAGAAGCUGUCAGACGGGAGCCGAGAGAACGACGCGGGUCAGUCUCCUCGGGAGCAGUGCUCGGGGUCCACUCUGGGCCCCGCUCUGGGGCCGUCCUGCGAGCCGGGCCUGCAGCUGUACUGGGCCUCGUUCUGCCGCAGCCUGCCGGACAUGGCCGAGGCGCUCGCUCACGGAGCAGCCGUCAACUGGAGCAACACCGACGAGCAGAACAGGACGCCCCUCAUCAUGGCCGUUCACGGGGGCUCUCUGGUCACCUGUGAGUUCCUGCUCCAGAAUUCAGCCGGCGUCAAUCAGCAGGACGAUCUGGGCCGAGGACCUCUUCAUCACGCCACCAUCCUGGGUCACACCGGGCAAGUGUGUUUAUUUCUAAAACGGGGAGCCAAUCAGAACGCGGCGGACGUGGAGAGCCAAACGCCGCUUUCGAUCGCGGUCGAGGCAGCGGACGCUGAUAUCGUCACGCUGCUUCGGCUGGCCAAGAUGAACGAGGAGAUGCGUGAGUCUGAGGGACCCUACAGUCAGUCAGGAGACGAGACCUACCAGGACAUCUUUCAAGACUUCUCCCAGAUGGCUUCGAACGACCCCGACAAGCUCAACCGCUACUGAGCCUCUCGCGCCACGGCGACUUCCUCGUGACUGCCGCUUGGGAUUUUUUUUGAUUCACGGAAUCGUGUUUUCAUUGUUGGGUUGUGUCGUAAUUGACAAUGCAAAUCGUUUCUUUUUUUUAUUUAGUGAAAUGUGGCGUUGCCCGCGAAAUAAUUUGGGUGACGGGAGUUGAAUUGUUGCGUUUUUAUUUUUAAACUCCAAUGUAGGAUUCGUUGGAUAGAUUUUCGGAUGAGUCGUGUAAUAUUUGAGCCAUAGGACUUCUUUUACGAAACAUGCUGAAUACGUUUUUGUUUGUAAAUCAUUGGAAAGUAAACUUCACUGUUGAGGGUUUUUUAGCUAGCUAGUACAUUUUAGUCAGUUGCAUCGGUGUGUGAUUGUAGAGCGGGGAUGAUACGAUUUAAGUUUACAUAUCGAUUUUAAAAACUAUACUUUCAGUGCAUCGUUUGCUUGUUCUUUUUUGAAAGAGAACUCCAUAUUAGCAGGAUCACCCAACUUUCUUUCUUUGUUCGAGGAGCAUGCAGAUGAAAGCUAUUCCUAGCGCAGCGUGAGGGUGUAAAUUGUGUAUAUUCUGUACAUAUGUCAUCAUGGGCUGGGACGUUUAUAUUGUGGUACUUCAAAUGUUUUUAUAAGCUUGUUUGGAUCGAUUUAUGUGCUUUUUUGCGCCCCUGUAUUCAUGCUGUAACCAUCUCUGAAUGAUCCAUGCAGUUUUUAAGAUUAGUUUAUCCACUGCGAAUGUCUGACUGAAAAUAUAUAAAUUGUUUUCUGUAAAUAUUUUAUGCCGCCUUAUUCAUUCAAACUUGUGUAUGUGUGUGUAUCUAUAUAAAGUAUACACACAUAUUUCGCUGUCAAUUAAAUUAACUCAAAUAUG